GACUCCACGUCGGCACCAGCUGCGGGACAAGAUGGAGGCGCUGAUUUUGGAACCUUCCCUGUACACUGUCAAAGCCAUCCUGAUUCUGGACAAUGAUGGAGAUCGACUUUUUGCCAAGUACUAUGACGACACCUACCCUAGUGUCAAGGAGCAAAAGGCCUUUGAGAAGAACAUCUUCAACAAGACCCAUCGGACUGACAGUGAAAUCGCCCUCUUGGAAGGCCUGACAGUAGUCUAUAAAAGCAGCAUUGAUCUCUAUUUCUAUGUGAUUGGCAGCUCCUAUGAAAAUGAGCUGAUGCUUAUGGCUGUUCUGAAUUGCCUAUUUGACUCCCUGAGCCAGAUGCUGAGGAAGAAUGUAGAAAAGCGAGCUCUGCUGGAGAACAUGGAGGGGCUCUUCUUGGCUGUGGAUGAAAUCGUAGAUGGAGGGGUCAUCCUAGAGAAUGAUCCUCAGCAAGUGGUACACAGAGUGGCUCUAAGGGGUGAAGAUGUCCCUCUUACGGAGCAGACUGUGUCUCAGGUGCUACAGUCAGCAAAAGAACAGAUCAAGUGGUCCCUCCUUCGGUGAAGACACCACGUGCCUGGCUUAUCACCCCUACCAGAAAUCUGCAUGUCUGCUGUGACUUCUCAUCCAGUCCCCAACUGCUGCUCUCAGGAUCAUCUCAGGGGGGCACAAGGGAUCCUUAAACCUUCAUCCUGUCUGGGGUUGCCCUUCCCAACACCUUCCCAUUCCUCCUCCUCCUUUCCUCUGGAAGUGAAAUUCCUAGCCCAUUUGGAUGCAGGGCAAAGGAAGCACCCUUUUCCUGCUCAGACAGGGAUUCUGCUCCAUGCUCUCCUACCCCCACAUUCUCCCCUCAGCUUCUCUGCCCUUUGCUAUGGCUGCACUGCAGAUCAAAGCAGGGAAAGAAUGUGCUGAGUGUUUCCUCCCUUUAGUCCAUAUGUCCAACCAGGGCUGGAGGAUACUUGGGGGAGGGAGGGCUGUGCAUCCAGUCUCAGCCUUGGCUCACUUCCUGGCCUCUGUGUCUUCUCCCAUUUCUUCUAGCUGCCCUUCUUCUGCUGUGGAAAAGAGUCUGGGAACAGCUUAUAGGGGAGAGGACAAAAUGGUGGAAACUAAGACAUUAUUGGAUAGGGCUUACAAACUGCAGUGACCUGGGAGAGGUCAUUUUAGGUGUGCCCAGGACUUAGUACCUUUCCUUGGCCUUUACUACUGGCAGCUCCUGGCCUGACUUGUCCUCUCUGUGCCCUGGAGCAAUGACAGCUCCUGGAACUAAAAUACAUUCUAGUUUGGGGAAGAGUUUCUGCUCAGAACCAGGGACGGAAGGGAAGGAAAGGCCAGGUCUAGGUGACUUGGGCCUUGUAGCUCUCGGUCCCCUCACCUCUCCCAUGCCACAUUUGCUCCUCUGCCUUGGUCCAUCAUCUGCCACUUAACCCUGUGCUCUUUCCCUCCACCCCACGGAAAAGCUGAGUGUUUGAGCUCUUUCCCUCAGGUGGCUUAGGCAGUACCUUUGCUUGGGGACCUCCAUUUCCCCAGGAAGGUGGAAGUACAACCACUCCCCUUGACCCUGAACUCCUUCCCUACCAAAAUGUCCUAGAAAAGCCUUCCUGAGACUUCUGCCCCACCCACUAACUGCCAGUUCUCCAACUCUGAGGUGGAGCAAACAACUGAGCAUAUCAAGGGGGCAUCUGGUGCAGGAGACUUACCCCUUCCUAUACUGCUCCAUGCAAAGAAGAAUAAAACGGACUUUUCUUUUCCAAA